AUGGGGGAGGUUUUGCCCAAAGAAACGGAAGAGGCAGCCAAGGAGGAGGACGCUGCCCUGAUUGAAUUCUACAGCUCUUUCAGGGACCUCUUUGAGUUCUUCUGCUUAAACACCACAAUCCAUGGCACCAUUCGCUUGGUCUGCUCGGGCGGUAAUAGGAUGAAAACAGCCUUCUGGGCGCUGCUCUUCCUAUCCAGCUUUGCUAUGCUCUACUGGCAGUUUGCACUCAUCUUCAACCAGUACUGGGCCUACCCAGUUGUCAUGUCAAUGUCAGUUCACUCAGAACCGAAGAUGUUCCCCGCCAUCACUCUUUGCAGUUUGAAUCCUUAUAGGAUCAGCCCAGUCAAUCAAGAUAUCGCUAAACUGGAUAAUCUGGCGAGGGAAACCUUAUUCAAUUUAUAUGGCUUCCGCAUUCCUAAGAACACUAAGGAAGACGUCGGCAUCGACUUUUCGGAAGAGAAUCCUGGCCAGGUCAACGGCUCCACGUUUCAUCUGGAUCGUAACAUCGCCCUAUUGAAGAUGGACGGCAAAGUGGGGUUCCGGCUGUGCAACAGAACAGGUGGAAAUUGUUACAACAAGGUGUACAUUUCUGGAGUGAACGCUGUCCAAGAGUGGUACCGUUUCCAUUACAUGAAUAUUAUGUCACAGAUCCCGUCCAUUAUCAAAAUGUCCCAAAAUGAAGAUCACAUCAAAAACUUGAUCUAUUCUUGCCAAUAUGAUGGGGAGCCAUGCCGGACGAGCGAUCACGAACAUUUUCACCACCCAGUCUACGGGAACUGCUUCACCCUGAACAAGAAUGGAACGGAUAAGUUCUGGAAAGCUUUCAAGCCAGGAAUUGUUUAUGGCCUAUCCCUCAUUCUCAAAGUGGAGCAAAAAGACCACAUCCCUCUGCUGUCCACCACGGCGGGCGUGAGAGUCAUGAUUCACCGUCACAACCAAACUCCCUUUUUAGAGCACGAAGGUUUUGACAUCAGGCCGGGAACUAAAAGUACCAUUGGAAUCAAACAGGAUGAGGUAUCACGCUUGGGUGGGAAUUACAGCGUAUGUACCCAUAACGGGGAAGAUGUCAACAUCAAAUUAGUCUACAACAGCACUUAUACACUGCAGGCCUGUUUGCAUUCCUGCUUCCAGCAUCAUAUGGUUAAGAACUGUGGCUGUGGAUAUUAUUUUUACCCCUUACCUUCUGGAGCCGAGUAUUGCAACUACAAUAAACAUCCCGCCUGGGGUCACUGCUUCUAUCUGCUGUACAAAGAGCUCACCGACCACCAGUUAAUCUGCUUUAGGCAGUGCCCCAAGCUGUGCAAGGAAACUUGGUAUAAGCUCUCCGCGGGAUAUGCUAACUGGCCAUCAACUAAAUCUGAGAAAUGGAUUCACAGAGCCCUGCAGGCAGACCGCAGGCACAACAUUACCACAAUGAACCGCAAGGAUAUUGCCAAGGUGAAUAUUUUCUAUGAGCAAUUAGAUUACUACUCUUGGGAUGAGUCUCCAGAAUAUAACGUGACUCUGGUGAUGUCCAACAUGGGAAGCCAGUGGAGUCUUUGGUUUGGAUCCUCUGUCCUCUCGGUGGUCGAGAUGUUUGAGUUCCUCGUGGACGUCACCAUCUUAUCUCUCAUCUUCUUCUAUCGGCGGCUGACAGCCAAGAGGAGGCACAAGAUGUCAAGGCCCCCUAAGGUGCCAAGUGUGAGUUUGACCUUGGAGAAAUACCGCUGCAUCGAAGAAGGUCUGGCCGCGGACCAAGAUGCAGAGAAGUCUCAGGCCAGCUAUGAGAACCCAUCCUUCGUUCCCGACGAGGGACUCCCUCCGUAUUCCAAACACAACAAGUAUCAGAUGCCGGAGCUAUAUCCUCCUGUGGUUCUUCACCGAUUCAAGCACCAAGAAGAUCAAGGGACACACCAAGAUCCUCCCAAGAGUUAA